AUGACCGACCGAGAUAUUCUGGUCAACGUCGCUGCGUUGACUAUUCUGAUCUUCACCGUCGUCACCGACUUCUGCGUACAGAUCAUCGGGACGUGGUCGUACCUCGACCACCGCCUUCUCUUGUGCCACGAGAUCCUCGCCCUCGGCCUCAUGGUCCUCCUUGUCUUCAUCCUCGUCUCCACGGCAGUCAUGGCGCUCACUGCGAGAAAAUGCCUUGACACUAAAUAUAAGGAGAAGCACAACCGAUCCGCGAGCGAUGAAUGUUCCGAGAACGAGGAGGAGGCGGUGGUUGAGAAGCUGAGUAAUCUCUUGAGAAAGUGUUGGGUGAUGGCGGAGACGAGUAACCCUCAGUUUGUGAUUGCUCGCUCCUCCGCCUGCGCCUCUGCCGGCGUCAUCUGCUUUGGAAACGCGCUUAUCCUGGCUGAGGCUAUUGUGCGUGCGCACAAUAGCCUCAGCCAGACUGGUUCCAGCUACGGCUUCUCCACGAAAUUGAUUCUACUCGUGCAGGCCACCGGAGUGUAUUUCGGCACGCUCUUGACUUCCUACCGAUGGUUCACAGCCGUCCGAUUCAGAUGCUCUAGACGCCGAAGCUCGAGGAUCCAUUUGACAGUCGAGGAUUACUGGAUUAGGAAGCUACUAGACUGCCAGAAUUCUCCAAUUCAUCCAUUGAUUAAGCACCAGAAAUGCAGAAGAUUUCUCUACAACGUGAGAAGAUCCGUUGUAUGUCUAAUUAUCAAAGCUCAAAUCUGCGUUGUUCUGUUCAACAAGCUAGUAUUAGCAAUCUCAUGCAGCUUCAUCAACAUUUUCCUCAAGACCACGGCGGACUCUGGCUGCGAUUUAUCACGAAACGUGAGGCCGCAUUGUCUCCGCCUCGAGGGGGAGGCGGAUUUGCCGAACUACAUGCUUCGGAGCAUCCCCACGCAGGUGAAUAAAGUUCUAGAAGCAUCUGUAAGGAAGAAGCCUACUAACCUAAUCGAAUUUAUUCGCGAUUCGACCUUCAGAGGCGUGGCGGAAUAUGACAGCUUCCUCGUUCCAAGCCUACACGGGAAAGAGCCGAAAAACUACUGGUCUCUCGCUGUAUUCACACUGGCAUCCAUCGCCGUCGCGGUUCCUCACGUCGAGAGAAGCAAGGUCGAUAAGCUGGUAGAAGUCGUAAGCGACGGCCUCUUCCUCGUGAAGAAUGUGGAAGAGAGCUUUUACAGCGGCGAAGAGUGGGAGAACACAAGGAAGGCAGCUGAUUUGUGGCUGAGAGUCGAUCUAUUUCGAAAAUGGCAGGAAAUCAACCUAGCUGAGGUCAGUGCGAGCAGUCCAAACUGUAAACACGCGCUGGAGAGGCUAGUGCGUCAAAGCAAAACAAUCGCGUCUGUUUUGCUUACAGACGAGCCGGAAUGCCCUAUGUGCAACCCUGCGAACUGGGAGCCGAGCAUCAUCGCGGCGAACUCGAUGUACAGGAUCAGCACCACGAUUUUGAACAGCUGUGAUGAGGAGAACGCUAUCGGAGAUGGUGAGGAAUUGUUUGAUCAGUUGAGUGGGAUGAUCGCGGAUGUUUUGGCGGCGUGUCUCACCAAUUUAGGGCGGGUGAUAGAGAACAUGUGUCACCUGAAACCGAUCGAGGAGAGAGAGAGAAGCGUGCGGCAGGCUGCUAUUCUGUUGGGGAGAAGUGAAGAGAUUCUCACUAUUUCAGCCAAUCGCGGUCUGCCAGCUGGAUUGAAUGCCGCUGCCGCUGCGUAUGUUGAGGAAUGGCGGGGUGCGAUGAGCUCGGGCAUGAUGCCGCCGGAAACAGAGGAGAUGAGUUCGUGUGCAACGAAGACGGAGAUAGAGACGGAGAUAGAGGUUAUUAGUUCAAAGGCGACCACGCUGUCGGAAUGGAGAGAUGGCUGCAGCUCGAGUGGAGCUUGA